UCUAAUUAUGUUUGAUGUUCUCAUCCAUCUUGUUAAGUUCACAUCGUUCCAUUAUCAUAGCAAAUGGUCAUACCUUAUGACGAAUGACGAAAUCGUAGAGUAGGCUGGGCGGAUGAUGAAGAGCCUCUCGAUCGUCAAUAAAUAUUCUUUUUGCAAUAACAACCAAAUAUUUAGAGAAACUAGACCAAUAGGCUAAAUACUUAAUACACGUAGUGAAAAGAAUCGGUGUGAUGAAUCUUCCUGAGAAAAAAACUAAAUUCGUUCCAAAGUGGUCAGUGGUCACUUAGGUUCAAAAGAGUGAUUUUUCAUAUUUGGCCAAACUCUGGUUAAGUUUUAAACCUCAUCAUUUCGGUUACUGCUAUUCAAAUUGGCUCCUAUAGAGUUACUGUGUGAUGGUGAGAGGACCCAUAAUACCAAACUCAACGAAUAUGUAGCGGUUAUAUCAUAACGAUAUUGCAUUCUCCAAUCAGUUGAGUCUACAGCCUAAAUGACCAACCGAAAUUCGCCCAAAACCACUAAUCAAACAUGAAGCAUUUCCUGCAACAGUUGCCCAAAGCCUCUGCAAACACAACAUUUGAUUCACUGUUUUAUAUCAACAACGAGUCUAUGGUAAAUCAAUAUCAUUGUAAUUGUAUGAAGUGGACUGUAACAGUAACAGCUAGGCCUUGUGUGUUGUGGGUCACGCAGCUGGUGCCAGAGUGUGUCUCUCUGUGGACAAGAGACAUGACAGCUUCAAAGAAGGCCGAUCUCCUGACACAGAUUGAAAUCGACGAAAUCAAGAAACAUUAUGAUCAACUGGUUAAGGGGGAUGAAGAUAAUCUUCCGGCACCCAUGGUACCGACACUGAUGCGAUUUCUUGGGCAAAACCCCACAAAUGAAGAAGUAAAGGACAUCAUAGAAACAGUCAACACCCAACAUAAUGGUUCUGUAAAUUUUGAUACCUUCCUUGAGAUAUGGGUCAAUCGGAAGAAAACUCGCCCGGAGCUGACGGACAGCCUCAGAGAGGCUUUUAGAUAUUUUGAUAAAGAUAACAGGGGAUAUGUGGAAGUUACCGAACUGAAGAAGUCUCUCACUGACAUUGGUGAUAAGAUGUCGGAGUCUGAGUUUGAUGAGAUGUGCAAGGAGGCUGGGGUGAAUAAAAGUGGAAAGAUAGAAUACGAAGAAUUCAUCAAAAUCAUCAUGGCAUCGAAUCCGACUUCAAUACUGUGAUUCGGAUAAGGAUUGCAUAAACACUGAAUUUGAAUAACAGGCCAUAGAAGAUGGAGUCUAUUGUUUGAAGGGUGAUAUAUAUUACGAACACGGCGUUCACUGGCAAAUUCAGUGGAAGAGGUGGUUGACGAUAUUAUUUUCCAAACAAAAGCAUAAUGACUUGCCGGGAAGGAUCAAUAUAAAUCAUUUAUGGAAUGUAUCACGUGAACCAAACGCCGUUUGCUGCAACACUGAUAUACAUGUACAAUGUAUAUCAGGCAUCAAAUGGAAAAAGCUAGGUGACUUUUUAAAAAUUGAAUUUGGUGUUUCAUGGCAAGAGAUAGCAAAAUCAAUGCAUUAUAGUAUUGGAAUACUUUGCAAUUUUCUCAUAAAGUCUCAAAUGUGACUUACUAGUUAUUUCCAUUUGACACUAUAGUCAAGCUGUUUUGACUACUAGUAUACAUUAUAUCGCAGAAACACUGACCGCAUCGACAGAGUGCUGAAAAGCAUCAUCUCGGUAUCACCGUCCGUUGAUGAGAAAACAGACUAGACGAAUAAGGCGGUUUAUAGAUA